AUGAAGGCCCUUGCACUGUCCAAGCCGUGCCAUCCCAACCAGAAGUCCAAGGAGCUUCGGACCCUCCUCCGCGGGUUCCUGCCACAGUCUCCGUGCAGGAUUGGUCCAGCUCUGCCACUUGGCAGGACACCGCUGGGCGAGCUGGCGACCAAGUUCCAGCAGGACGUCAUGGUUGCCAUGGCUAUACUGCAAGCCGGCACCGCCGCCAAUCGAUCUUCGACCAGGGGAAAACGCAGGAAGGUUGUCGACCAGCGAGUGGAGCUCCGCAUGCACAAUGUGGAGCAGCGCGUGGCCAAGAACGAGUCCCGCAUCGACGAGCUUGAGAUCCAGACCAAGUUGUCCAUGGAACAGAUGCGGGUGGUCAGAGGCUGCGGGCACGGCGGUUGCCCGGGAGACCGCGAGCCGGUGCGGAAGUUGCAGGUCGAGAGGGAGCCUCGGGCCUCGACAAUGAGCUGCGAGCCCCCCUUUCAGGCGGACCCGGCAGCGCAGCGGUCGUUCCGCUCGCAGGGCGGCGGCAUCGGCUGGAGGGCGGGGAGAGGAGGGGUCAGUCGGGCGGGGCUAGGUACCUGGAUAUCCGACCGCACGCGCCAGAUGGUCCUUCAGAAUAGACCUCAGGCGUACAUCAACGGCGCCAACAUGGGCUGGUACUGCGCUGGCUGCUGGAUACGGAACCUCGAGGACAAUGGCUUCCCUACGCCUGCCGGAACGAAGCUCGCCGACAUAAUCAGGGCACAUGAGCAGCAGACAUCGGGGACCGGCAACGACAGAGCGAGUGUCCUCCCUUCCCUGGGACUCCUUCCGCUCGGCUACGGCUGCAACCCCCUGGCGGACACGAGGCAGUUAGAUGACCUCCUCAUGGAACCGACGGGCAUGAAGAUCCCCGAGUGUGCCAAUACCACCAUUCCGGUCCUCCGGAUCCGGGACGACCGCUUCGGCAUCAAAGCCGCCCAAACGCGGACCUACUCCGCGCGGUGCGACACCUGCCCCCAGGGGGCCCCGCUCCUGGUCUGGGACCCCGGCUCUCCGCCGCUCGGGUGCUUCAUAUGGAAGCCGGCUGAAGACAUAGGCUCCAUGGAUCGGUGCCCUCUGGACUCCCAUUGCUGGGCGGCUUCCUACCGCGACCCUGGAUCAGUGGCUCUGUGGGGCUUGCCUGGGUUCACGGUCUCGUUCCGCCUGUGUUCUCCGUCCAUUUGGACGGAGCUGCUGAGGCACUGCAUCCUGCUGCUGCGCCUGCAGCGCCCCUAUCCCGGGGCGGGCAGGGCCGCAACCUCAGGGGCGAUGGGGCAGCUGUGCUCCUCCUGCUCCCCGUCCGUCUUGGACGGGGGCGUGUGGCAGACGUAUUGCUGGAUUUUUGUAGGCUGGGCCCUCGCGGUCGAGGUCUUUACCUCGGUCAUCGUCCAGGGCGUUCAUAAUAUGUUCAGAAGUUUCUGGUCGAUGCUAGAUGCAACAAUUCUCCUGCUCACUGCAACCUCGUGGAUGCUGGCCCACCCGAGGGGUUUCACUGCGCCUACUGCGCGAGAAGUCGACGAGAUAGAGGGCGCCGAUCUGGCACUCCUGGCACUGCGCUUUGCACUGCAACUGGGCCGCGUCUUCGCCGCGUGGCACUGCCUCGGCAAGGUAACGCAGAUGCAGAGCAGCUUCAUCGACAUCCCAGACGUGCAGAUGCAGGUGUGAUGCCGAGCGUCUCCCAGGCGUAGCUCGAAUCAGAUGAACUGCAUAAACAUGACCUUUCAUUUGUGCCGAUGCAGGAGGAGGAAAAGGAGGAAGGCGAGGGCGGCGAUGGAUUGCGGGGAUCGGCAUGGCUACUGCUGCUCUCUUGGUUUUCCUGCCCCCCUCGGCCAGCGCAGCUCGGGAGCGAGAG